CCCGUAUAUACGCUGUAUUUAUACACAUACUUUUUUCUACGACACGUGUUUGGUGACGUGGAUGUGCCUUGGCACUCCCUUUCUUCUUCUUCUUCUUCCACAGCCUCCAUGCCUCCCCCAUCUCUCUCCUCUCUUCUUAACUUUUUUUUUUUUCUCUUUGUUUUUGAGUAAAGAUAAUGCAGUCUUUUUGACUAUUUUGUUUUAGAAUUUCUCGUCUACGCCCGCCUUUUUCUCCCAAUUGAAGAUACUCUAAUUUAUGCUGUAAAUCAUUGUCUCGCUGAUAAGGGAAGGAAGAUUUUUGGAUUUCAGAUUUUCAAGUUCUUUUUGAGCAUAGAGUAACAGCAUAUGGGUUGUGACUGCAAUCCAACUUGGGGUCAUUGGCCUUCACCAAGUCAAACCAUCGGCCUCUCUUUUACAUAAAGAGUGAUAGAGAAGUAGAGUGAUGUUGACAGAGAGGCGACCAACUUGGUGUUUGACCAUGGGAAACAACGAUGAAGGAAAGUCCAGUAAGUCUGACAAAUCAUCUUCACCAGCGCCAACGGAUCAGACCAAUGUUCAUGUCUAUCCCGAUUGGGCAGCCAUGCAGGCAUAUUAUAGUCCUCGAGUCACUAUGCCACCAUAUUAUAAUUCAGCUGUGGCAUCUGGCCAUGCUCCUCCCCCCUAUAUGUGGGGUCCACCGCAGCCUAUGAUGCCACCUUAUGGGGCACCUUAUGCAACAAUCUACUCGCAUGGGGGAGUUUAUGCGCAUCCUGCAGUUCCUCUGGCUGCGAACCCUGCGGAAACACCUACAAAGUCCUCAGGAAAUACAGAACGAGGUUUAAUGAAGAAGCUGAAAGGAUUUGAUGGCCUUGCAAUGUCAAUAGGCAACGGCUCUGCUGAGAAUUCUGAGGGUGGGGCUGAACCUAGACUGUCCCAGAGUGUGGCGGAGACUGAAGGUUCCUCUGAUGGUAGUGAUGGGAAUACAACGGGGACGGAUCAAACUGGACAGAAAAGAAGCAGGGAGGGAACACCAGCCAUUGCAGGUGGAGAUGGGAAACAUGAGGCAAAGUCUAAUUCAGUUGCUGGCAUGACCACAGCUUUGGAGCUUAGGAACCCUCCUACCAUGAAUGCUAAGUCCAGUCCUAUGGUUGUACCUUGUGGAGUAAUGCCUUCUGAAGUCUGGUUGCAGAAUGAACGGGAGCUGAAACGGGAGAGGAGGAAACAAUCUAAUAGAGAAUCUGCUAGAAGGUCAAGGUUGAGGAAGCAGGCUGAGACAGAAGACCUAGCCCGGAAAGUUGAAUCCUUAACUUCAGAGAAUGCAACACUCCGAUCUGAAAUAAAUCAACUAGCUGAAAAAUCAGAGAAACUAAGGCUAGAAAAUGCUACAUUAGUGGAGGGACUGAAAAAUGCUCAACUGGGACAAGCACAGGAAAUUAUUAUGAACAAGAAAGAAGAUAAAGAGGGUGAAAUGUAUGAGAAAAAGUCAAACUCCGGUGCCAAGCUGCAUCAACUCUUGGAUGCGAGUCCUAGAGCCGAUGCCGUGGCUGCCGGCUGAAUAAGGAGAAAAGUUAUACCUGAGUUAUUUUUGACAUUUAAUCGGAGGAAAUCACGUAGCUUUGGCAUAAUUAGAAGCUCAAAACUACUGCUAACAGUUAGCAGAGGGAUGAAAUAGUUUGUGUUUUGGACAGCUAUUUUCACUUGUAAGUUAGCUCUCUCUCUCAUGGCAGAACUGAAUGUAUUUUUAUUUGAAAAUCAGAGUGAUGAGAAAGCCCUGAUGUACAUUAACGAGAAAUUGGAGUUUCAGUUUAGGAAAGGGUCUUUGAAACCUUCAAUAUGUAAUGUAAUCUCUAAUGAUUGUGCGAUUUAGUUUAGGUAAUUAAUUCAGUUUAGGUAAUGUAUUGGCAGCGGUGUAGUAGACUUACUGUAUGUGAUGUGUGAAAUGAGAAAAUGCCACUCCUAUAUC